UUCUGUUAUUUACCAUUCAUAUCUAUAUUAAACUUUUCUAACCACUGGUGUACGCAACCACAUAUAUUUACAGAUAUUGACAUUCCGCCACAUCAAGAUUGAUGAGGAAGUCUGCAGAUCUGUUCGUAUACAAUGUCGCUCUAUGAUGGAUUGGGAGUGGAUACAGGACCAUCAAAGAAGGACAGCUCUGCUGGUGACAAAAAGGGCGAUGUGUCUGGAUGGUCAGCGGGUAUCAAGAUGAUGCAGUCGCAUCUUCGCAUGAAGAAAGCUGCUCUAACUGAAGCCCAGCGCAAGAUGAAACAGCCAUCCGGCCGUCCAGUCCUUGACCCCAAGAAAGUACCAGCACCUGGUCUUGGUUCUAGUACUGCACCAGCAAGUAGUUCCAGGUCAAGUGGGGAUGUAAGCGGAAGGGAUGUAGGAGGAAGGGAUAUCGGUGGAAGGGAUGUAGGAGAAAGGGAUGUUGGUGGAAGGGAUAUCGGUGGAAGAGAUGUUGGUGGAAGUUCUGGACUAUUGGAUGAUCAUCCCAGGUUCAGACCAUCAAAUCUACCACCACCGUCAAGACCAUCAUCUUCAUCUUCACCAAGAUUGGCUCCUUAUUUGCCAUCAAGUAGCCUUGGUUCAGAUGGUGAAAAUGAGUAUGAUCCAGCUUAUCCAAAUGAAUAUGAGAAGGUUGCAAAGAAAUUACGAGAGAAGAGGGAAAGGGAGAGGGAUGAGCAAGAUAAAAGAGAACGAGAAGAAAGGAGGAGACGUCGUGAAAAAGAUCGUGAACGAGACCGAGAAAAGGACCGUGACCGCGAUAGGGAACGCCGUGAUCGUGACCGCGAUCGAGAAAGAGAUCGAGAAAGGGAACCACAAGGAUUUUCCAGACGUCCAGUCAUGGAGGAUGAUGAGGAUGACAGGGACAGAGAGAGGAGAAGAAACACUGCACAACGAGCUGCUAUUGCCCCUCCUUCCUCACUGAUCAAUGAAGAUUCCCAGUCUAAAGAUGAUGGAUUUGCAGCUCCUCUACCCCCUGCAAGAGAUAGGCCUUAUGCAGACAUGAAGAGAAAGAACCACGACCAUGAUGAUCUUGAGGGUGCUAAGACACCCCCUAGGAUCAGUGAAUUUGCCCCGCCUCAAGAGCAGAAUACAUUUGUCAAGCCUCCGACACCGAAAGCAAACUUUCAGGUCCCAGUAGGGCUGGGUGUUGACUCAGUGGCAAUGAAAAUCAUGGCUAAGUAUGGCUUCAAGGAAGGAGCAGGGUUAGGCAAGUCAGAACAGGGAAUCAGUACAGCAUUACAGGUGGAGAAGACAAGUAGGAGAGGAGGAAAGAUCAUCAAUAAAGACAAGGAAAUACAAGAGCAAGUUGUAAUGCCACCUCCGCCAAUGCCUCCUCCAGCAUUCCCACCACCUGCAUUUCCACCAGCAGCCCCAAAGACAGGACCAGCACCCAUCACAGAUGUUCUCAGGAAUCCUACCAAGAUCCUUCUUCUUACGAAUAUGGUAGGUCCCGGUGAGGUAGAUGAUGAUCUACAGCCAGAGACAGCCGAGGAAUGUUCCAAGUAUGGAGAGGUUGUCAAGGUCCUCAUCUAUGAAGAUCCCCUCAAAGUUGCCACUGAAGCUGUAAGGAUAUUUGUAGAAUUCACACGGGUGGAAGCAGCAGUAAAAGCUGUGGUGGAUUUGAAUGGCCGUUUCUUUGGCGGUAGGAUUGUGAAGGGAUCCUUCUACGAUCCACAAAAGUUUGGGAAGUUUGAACUCACAGCAUGAGCCUGUUGAAAUGAUGAAGAAACAGCGGGACCAGUGACGGUCAAGAAUUCCAAAGCAUCUUCCGCAAGUGGGACUGCCCAUCAAGUCUAUGCUACCUAUUAACACAUCCCCCUUUUGGGACUGCUUUCAGAUCAUGCGUUUUAUUUCCUAGUCAAAAUAUGUGAUCUUUAGUGGAUGAUAUACAUGUACAACACCAUUUUAAAGAGAUUCCAUGGUAAUGGGAUGGUUGAUUGGACCAUCUUACAGCUGUGUUGCAUUUGCUUAGCAGAGUUUGAAACCAAAAAAAUGUCUUAUAAAUAAAAGAGUUUUUAGGCCAUAAUAACUAGUUGUAAAAUAGUGAAACAGAAAGCCAUUUCAGUCUAGAAAUUUUUAGAACCUAAAAUUUCUAUGAACGGUUAAUUUUAGACCACAAAAUGUGUGAAUUUAGCCAAUACGAUCAUACCAAUACAGCUCCACUUUCAAAAAAACACGGCGACCGUUAAUUAA